GCUCUCUCUCCCUCUUUGCUCUCGCAUUUUUGGAGGGCAGCAGCAGUGCAAGCUGCUGGGGAAGUGGCGCAGGAAUUUAGCCCAGAUGCUCUUCAAGCAGGCUGAUCUCUGGAUCCCCCACCAAGGCAAAUGCCGCAAAGAUGAGAUGACCUCAAGUUUGGGCCUUACCACAAAGAAAGCCCUCACAAUCCUGAGAGACCAGCUGUCAGCACUGCUGGAGGGGCAUCAGAAGGAACGGAAAAAAGUGACUUCAUGGAAGGAGGUGUGGAGGAGCAGUUUUCUGUACCAUGGUAACCGUUGCUCCUGUUUCCACUGGCCUGGUGCAUCUCUGAUGCUUCUGGCAGUGCUGUUGCUGCUGUGCUGCUAUGGGAGCCAGCCACAGGGGAGCCAAGGUGCUGAGAUAGUUAAUGCACUGGCACUCUUCCUCCUUCUCCUCUUGGAUCUCUUCAUGAUUGGGCGUCAAGAGAGGCUGAAGCGCAGAGAGGUGGAGAGGAGACUCCAGACAAUCAUUGAUAAGAUAAAUGAUACACUUGGCAAAGAGGUGAAAUGGCCAGACUCCAUGUACCCUGACCUUCACAUGCCUUAUGCCCCAUCCUGGUCCCUUCAUUGGGCCUACAGGGAUGGUCACCUUGUCAACUUGCCUGUGAGCCUGUUAGUAGAAGGAGAUGUCAUUGCUUUGAGGCCAGGCCAGGAGUCAUUUGCUUCUUUGAGAGGGAUUAAGGAUGAUGAGCACAUAGUUCUGGAGCCAGGAGAUCUGUUUCCACCUUUCUCACCUCCACCCUCCCCAAGGGGAGAAGUGAAGAAGGGACCUCAGAACCCUCAGCUGUAUCGUCUUUUCCGUGUCUUGAAGACCCCAAUAAUUGAUAAUGUCAGGUGGUGUCUGGAAAUGGCUUUGUCACGUCCUGUGACAGCCCUGGAUAAUGAGAGAUUCACUGUACAGUCAGUGAUGCUGAAAUAUGCUGUCCCUAUUGUACUGGCUGGCUUCCUGAUCACUAAUGCUGUGCGCUUCAUUUUCAAAGCUCCUGGAAUUGCUUCUUGGCAAUACACUCUUCUUCAGCUACAGGUGAAUGGUGUCCUACCCAUCCUUCCGUUGCUCUUCCCUGUCCUGUGGGUUCUUGCUACAGCCUUUGGAGAAGCCAGAGUCUUGGCCCAGAUGAGCAAGGCCUCAUCCACCUCACUGCUUGCUAAGUUUUCAGAGGACACUCUCAGCAGCUACACAGAGAUGGUAUCUUCUCAGGAAAUGAUACGCUGUAUCUGGAGUCACUUCCUCUGUGUUCUAAAAGGCAAAUCCCCAACUCUGAGCUUCACUUCCAGCUUGCUCCAUAGUCUGGGAUCUGUCACUGUGCUCUGCUGUGUAGACAAGCAGGGGAUUCUUUCCUGGCCAAACCCCAGCCCAGAGACUGUUCUGUUCUUCAGUGGGAAGGUGGAACCACCUCAUGAUAGCCAUGAAGAUCUGACUGAUGAGCUCUCUACACGGUCCUUCUGCCAUCCUGAGAUGGAAGAUGAGCCCCAUGAAAGAGAUGCUUUGCUCUCUGGCCCACUGGCAGACACAGUCCACAUGACCAGUGAGCAGGAGAGGAGCAGCUGGUCUAAUGACCCCCCAAAGGCUCCCGAUGCCCAUGCCCACCGAAAGCCAAACAGCAGAAGCAAGCAUCCCUCUGGGUCCAAUGUGAGUUUUAGCAAGGACACGGAGGGUGGAGAGGAGGAACAUGCUCAGGUUGUUGGUGACAGUGAGGUGUUGGCUUGUGAGGCUGAAGACUUUGUGUGUGACUACCACCUUGAGAUGCUUAGCCUGUCCCAAGACCAACAGAACCCCUCCUGCAUCCAGUUUGAUGACUCCAACUGGCACAUGCACUUGAAUUCCCUCAAGCCUCUGGGCCUGAACGUGCUGCUCAAUCUCUGCAAUGCCAGCGUAACAGAGCGUCUGUGCCGCUUCUCUGACCACCUCUGCAACAUUGCCCUCCAGGAAACUCACAAUGCUGUGCUGCCUGUCCACGUGCCCUGGGGCCUCUGUGAGCUUGCCAGGCUAAUAGGUUUCACACCAGGUGCUAAAGAUCUUUUCAAGCAGGAGAACUAUUUGGCCUUGUACCGCUUGCCAAGUGAUGAGAUGGUUAAGGAGACAAUCCUGGGGAAGCUUUCAUCAAUCACCAAGAGGAGACCACCCCUGAGCCACAUGAUUAACCUUUUUGUGAAGGACACCACUACCAGCACUGAGCAGAUGUUUUCUCAUGGGACAGCUGACAUCAUCCUUGAGGCCUGCACAGACUUUUGGGACGGUACCGAUAUCUACCCCCUCUCUGGCUCUGACAGGAAGAAGGUCCUAGAUUUCUACCAGCGAGCCUGUCUCUCAGGAUACUGUUCUGCCUUUGCAUACAAGCCAAUGCAUUGUGCCUUGUCCUCCCAGCUCAAUGGCAAGUGCAUAGAACUGGUGCAGGUCCCCGGGCAGAGUGCGAUCUUCACGUGCUGUGAUCUGCCUGGGACAACGCCCAUCAAACAGAGCAGUCGGAGGAAUAGCUGGAGCUCAGAUGAAGGGAUUGGGGAAGUGAUGGAGAAGGAAGACUGUAUCCAGGCUCUGAGUGGACAGAUCUUCAUGGGAAUGGUCUCAUCUCAGUAUCAGGCCCGCCUUGAUAUUGUCCGCCUCAUUGAUGGAUUGGUCAAUGCCUGCAUUCGUUUUGUCUACUUCUCCCUGGAAGAUGAGCUCAAAAGCAAGGUGUUUGCUGAGAAGAUGGGUCUUGAGACUGGCUGGAAUUGCCAUAUAUCUUUAACGCCUAAUGGUGAUGUGCCUGGCUCAGAGAUCCCUCCCUCUAGCCCCAGCCAUGCUGGCUCUCUGCACGACGACCUUCAUCAGGUUUCUCGAGAUGAUGUGGAGGGGCUUCUGCUGAUGGAAGAGGAGGGGCACUCGGAUCUCAUCAGCUUUCAGCCAACAGACAGUGAUAUCCCCAGCUUCUUGGAGGACUGUAACAGGGCCAAACUCCCACGGGGGAUCCAUCAGGUGAGACCUCACCUGCAGAACAUAGACAAUGUGCCUUUACUGGUGCCCCUCUUCACAGACUGCACCCCAGAGACCAUGUGCGAGAUGAUCAAAAUCAUGCAGGAGUAUGGGGAGGUGACUUGCUGUCUGGGAAGCUCUGCCAACCUGCGGAACAGCUGCCUCUUCCUGCAAAGUGAUAUCAGUAUAGCACUGGACCCUCUCUACCCAUCUCGCUGCUCCUGGGAGACUUUUGGCUAUGCCACCAGCACCACCAUGACUCACAUCUCUGACGAGCUCACGCCACUGCAGCUCUCAGGGCAGCUCAACAGCCUGCCUUGCUCCAUGUCCUUCCGCCAAGAAGAGAGCACCAGCAUCAUCAGGCUCAUAGAGCAGGCCAGGCAUGCAACCUAUGGGAUCCGCAAGUGUUUCCUCUUCCUGCUACAGUGCCAGCUGACCUUGGUUGUCAUUCAGUUCCUCUCCUGCCUGGUGCAGCUGCCCCCCAUCCUCAGUACCACGGACAUCGUGUGGCUCUCCUGUUUCUGCUACCCACUGCUCAGCAUCUCGCUCCUGGGCAAGCCUCCUCACAGCUCCAUCAUGACCAUGGCAACAGGAAAAAACUUGACUUCAAUUCCUAAGAAAACUCAGCACUACUUCCUGUUCUGCUUCCUGCUGAAAUUCAGCCUGACCAUCUGCUCCUGCCUCAUCUGCUUCGGGUUCACACUGCAUGAGUCCUGCAAAGAGGUGAACACUACCAGCCUCAAUCUCACAGCCUGCUCCUCCAUCAUGCUGCACAGCAAUACUGAUGGUGCUCCUGACUGGUUUGGAACAUUUUCUAAUGCUCUUCUCGUAGCCCAGAAGCUCACAGCUGGCCUGAUUGUUUUACACACAGUGUUCAUAUCGAUCACCCAUGUCCACCGCACCAAGCCGCUGUGGAAGAAGAGUCCCCUUUCCAACCGGUGGUGGACACUCACUGUGGCUGUUGUAUUGCUGGGGCAAGUGGCACAGACUGUGCUGGACCUGAAACUCUGGGAAAACCUCCAUUCUUCCUUGACCUUUAACCAUGUUUCCAUCUCCCCGGUCUCAUGGCUCCUGGGUUUUCUUUCCUUGGUCCUUGUGGUUAUCAUCAAUGAGAUUGUCAAGCUGCAUGAAAUCAGGGUCCGGGUCCGUUACCAAAAGAGGCAGAAGUUGCAGUUUGAAACGAAGCUGGGAAUGAAUUCACCAUUUUAAACACUCCCAGCUCAAGUUCCCUGGAGCCAGGGCCACACAACCACAUCCUGCACUGGGAGAGUGGCUGCACCAAAGGCUCGGGGUGUUUUCCCCCACACAUGCAAACCAGACAGCCUCCUCACAAAACUACAUCAGCACCUUCCAGGGGCAGGGCACUGCUAUCAGGAUCCCCCAGCAGGUAUGCAGCCCCCACCCAGCCUGCUAGGGUACUCUCCAGGGAGCCUGCAAGCUUGGGUGGCUGUUCAGGCUGCUUUUCCUUUAUUUAUUUAUUAAUAGAGGUUUUUGUUAGUGUCAUGGUGAAGCUGAAAUGAAGCGAAUCCUUCCCUCUGUGCGAGCAGAUGGGUUUCCUGGACCUAGCAGGAGAAUCUGAGGCCAGCAUGGGAGACAUAGGGCUACUGAAGCAGGAGAUUUCUAUCAAAACCCAUUUUGUUUUUCCAUCUCUGCGUGCUCUCCUGGAUGAUGUGUGUGUGCAUGCCUGUGCGUGCCCUCGCCCACCUCCCCGUCCCUGUGUCCUGGGGCAAAGGAGCCAUCUCUUUUGCAGCUGCAGGAGCGCUGGGUGCCAGGUGAGGACUGGAGCUCACAUUCCCGAGGAGACAGUAGGAAAGGUCUCUGGCAGGGUGCUGGGAAGGCCCCUGCGAUGGCUAGGCUGGGCCAGGCCUGCCCUCUAGCGUUAUUGCUGUAGCUAUAUGCCGGCUGGUGAGUUCUUCGCGAGGAGAGGAGAGGGAUAGGGCUUUAAGAAAAGCUGCCUGCAUUCGACCCUAGUGAUCUGGUGCAGAGGGAGUCAGGAGGGCAGUUCUGCCUGCCUGCAGGGAGUCAGAAGGACUCAGCUUCCUCCAGCCCUACUGAGCCAGCUCUUACCUGCUUUAACAACCCCCAGAGAGGUUUAUAACUGUCCUCAUUCUUGUGAUUCAAAUUGCCAUUCUGCUUCAGUAAAAUGCCUGCUUGAGAGGGCCGUAGCUAAACCUGAGACCUGCCUAUCCUGCCAUGGAGGGAAGGGGAUGUCUUUCUGAGCAGGAUGUCGACAUCUUGCAGUUGUGACUAACAUGGAGCUGGUGGACGGCUCCUUUCCCAGUCCUAGAUCAUACUGCAGCUGGUGUUUGCUCUCCAAGGUACAGGAAAACCCCUCUCAUCACAUCUUUCUGUGAUCAUGUUUGGAAGUCUCUCCCCUCCAUGCUGCUGCCCUCACGUGUGUUCUCUGUUUUUCUGGAGGUCUCUUCUUCAUUUGACUGGGGGAAACCUUCCCCUGAGGGCUACUGCAAACCAUGAUUUGCCCCAGUGCAGCACAAAUGCUCUUGAGCUCUGAACAGACCCCAGCUGUACUAGGAACACUGGUGCUGUUGUGAGCUGACAGUUGAGGGCCACACAGAAGCACACAGGCUUGGCUACCAAAGUAUUUGCAGCUCAUGGAGAUGUUUACUACCUUCCUAGUUCUAAAAAGUAUCUAAAAGCUGGUAAAGCCUGGCACUGUUUUUCUCCCAAUAUUAACACUAAGCUGUUACUUCCCCUUUGGUACCUGAGAUUAACAAAUGGCUGCUGGUCCCUCCCUGGCUGGCAGGGAGCUGGCUGGGAAUCCCCAAGCUCUGCCCUGUUGCUCUACCUUGUCUUCCUUUGAUUGCAGCACUGCGUGUCUCUAAGCAAUAUCCUUAUCCCUGCUGUGGAUCUGGUAGAGAGCAAAGCAGGGGUACAGCCAGCCUCUGAGCUCUGGGGACAGGGGCCAGCUGGGGGUGUUCAGAGGCUCAGACCCUGUUCCUACAGCUGGAGAGUGGAUGUUCAGAUUCCCUGCUGCUGGCAGGAUUGCAUGGGACGGAGCCAGCAGCUCACUGGGGAAACACAGGGCUGCUCUCCUGCAAAGCAGUGGUACCAGGCCCUUCCUGCUUGCAGAGCGGGUCUGCUCACCUCUGCCAGACCUCUGCCAGCGAGUGAAGCUCUGCCCUCACUCCUCUUGGGCCUGCAGAGCUGCCUGGCUCAGGGAGAACAAGCUGCAUCUUUCUCAUCUGACUUAAUUCACUGUAUGCCAGCUCCAGACCUGUUACCCUGGCACCUGCAAAAUCAGCUUUUCUCUCUGAAGGUGGGGUAUGGUCUUCUCUGAGCUGGAGUCAGAGGCAGCACCGAGCUGCUCACUGCUAUUCCUGCAGAGCAACCUUCCCCCCCCACCCCCCGACCUUAGCUCUUGCCCUGUGCCACUAAGGUGUAGGUGAUAAAAGGCAGCAGAUACCAGGGCUUCCUGCUGGCCACACCUUCCUCUAGAGCAGGCACCUCCACGGUUUCCUUCUCUGGGUGACCACUAAUGUUUAUUUUCCUGCACCCUCCUUACCCUGCUAGACUUGGAGGGAGCCAAGGUGUAUGAUGGAGCCUUUUGGAUGGUCUCGCCAAUGCCACCCUUCCCUCGGCCAUUGAGGUAUCCGAGGGUCAGGGUGCACGGCUUCAGAAAGAAAUUUCCUACAUCAAGAUGUUUUUAAAUGGUGUAUAUUUUAUAUUAAAUUUUUGGGAUGUAUGUAAAAAUACUUGAUUUGUAUUAAAAUUGUAAAUUGUUUUAAAAAAAACCCAAACCCAGACCCACACCAUCCAGUGUAUGAACGGCAAUAAAUGAUUGUCUUGGAUAACACACACAGUGAGAGUGGGAGGGAGUUUGCACCCAGCAAAGCAAGGAGAUCGAAGUGUGUGUGGCUGUUUGUGUCAUAGGACCCGAGUUACCCAGUUCACCUGUUGUAGGGACACAGCCUGAGAGCUUGAUGCUCCUGGGACCUGAUCCUGGCACUUUUUUUCCCCACUUUCUGCUCAGCUUUGGGCAAACUGUCCAGCUCUGAAUGCCUGUUUCUACAGAACAGUCUGCUUACCUGGUGGUAUCCUGGGCCCCAGGCACAGCACCCGUGGUUGUUCCCAGGCACCGCUUUGGUCAUGGCUGGCAGCAUGGUUUGAAGCCUCUGGAUGAAAGGCUGGGGCGAGGCGGAACAGGCGCUGCGAGCACUGGAGAGAAGCAGUGUGGUGAGACGAGGAGGCCUGGGCUUCUUGUUCCGAGCAAAGCAGGACCUGGUGUCAGCAGGGAGGAUGGAGGAGUGCUUCGCCUGGCAGGUGGGAGUAGCUGAGGCUUCAGACGUGCCCAAAGCUGGGCACUGGAAGGUAGUGUUGGUCCCCAGCGCUCUCACCACCUUCCUGCCAUGGUGGUAAGACCCAAACUGAACAUUAACCUCGCUGGAGGUGGCCGUGGGACCCUUGCCAGGAGAGAUUAUCUGAGGAAACCCAGGUUUUAAGCACUUGAGGGGCAGGGUAAAGCUGAUCCUCAGUGAACUUCAGAGUAGGAGACAAGCUUGUGUGAUUUGACACGAAGGACACAACUAGGCAAAACUAUCAAAAGGGUAAAAUAUGCCCCGCUGUUUAAUAAUUUUAGUCUUAAUGGAUGUUAGUGGAAAAACAAAACACAUGAUUAACACAAACAGAGCAGAUGGUUUAAAAUCUGUUGUCAGUCUGGUGAUUACAUGGGCUAAUUUUUUCCCUCACUGUCUUGCUGCACAGAGCAGGUGCAGCUGGGAUCAGUUAGUCCCAGUUGCAGUGUACAUAACUUACACACCAUACAGUAGCUUCAAAAUAGAGAUCUAGAGCUUAAAAAAUAGGCAUUCUUCUGCAAAAUCAAAUGUUUUAAUUCCCUUAUUGACAACGAGAGCAGCGUGGUGCUGCCCUCAGGUGGCUCAGACAGCAACAGCUCCACCCCAGUGUCCUCUUAUCCCUGACUCUAGAGUACAAGACUUGCAAUUCUGGUUAGUAAAUAUAUAUAAUAAAUCACAUUUAAAAUAUAUACAUUGGCCUUUAAAAAAAAAACCAUUUACAGUUUAUCAACAUUGGAAAAAAAUAACUGGGCUUGUCCCAGGUUGACUCAGAGUAAAAAUCAGUUUUAAAAGGUUUCUGCAAACCUUUUGAUAAAGUGCCACCGGUUGUAGCUAUUUAAAAACAAUCGGGUCCAUGACGUAGCACUUGCCUGUCAGACACAGUCAUUUAAAUACACUCAAUGUGAUAUAUAUAUCAGAGCAACCAACUAGCCAGGAGAGAAGCGUCUUAACUGCCUCAAACUGACCUCAAGUCCCAGCCAACGACAUGUUUGUUUUUUUUUUUCCCCCAGGGCUUGUUCAUCUUGCUUUUCAGCCUAGAAGCCAGGCUGGCACCUCCCGCCUGUGAGUGAGACCCUGGCGAAGGUCGGGCGGGCUCUGUGCGCAGGGGCUGCUCCCCCAGCCCUGCAAGGGGACGAGGGGCUGCCAACAGACCAAUUCAGUCACAAACUCCCAAAAGAAUUGGGAAGCACCUGCCUCUUCAGCCACCUCCCUCUCCAGUUAGGUUUUAUGUUGAUUUUUUAAGAAGGGGGGGACAUGUGGAAACUUUUUUUCCUUUGUUUGCAAUUUUUGUAGCAAAUGGCAGUUUAGUACAGUCUUAGGUUCCCUUCUGGUGCUCUGAUGCUUUCAUUUGCUUGGCAUGCCGAGUGCAAGCCAAGUUCGGGGCUCUUGGACAUAUUUAGACAUGCACUACUAAACAGAUCCUGCAAGAGAAAUCUGUCUUCAAGCUAUGCAGCCGCUCCUACUGCUUGGAUGCGAGGAGCUAUCGCCACUGCUCCCCCGCUGCAGCCACGGGGCUGUGACUGCAUCCAGCCGGGUGCACAGUAGCUGCUGCCGAGCUGGAUUCACCCAGUGCACGCGGGGUCACGCUCCCGCCGGCUCGGAGGGCUGCAAGGAAGCAUCUCACCGAGUCCCAAACGCUGCUACUGCUUAACAAUGCUCACAGCGGAGUUUGUGCCAGCAGGGAGGGGGAGUGGGAAAAGGGACCAUUUUCUCC